GUUCUGUUCUGUUCUGUUCACCAGAAAGCAAACUAGUUCUUUAAGUGUGAUUCCAACAGCGGAGGCCAUGGGCAGCCGGCAGGCGGCGGCGUUCCUGCUCGGCUGCGUCGCCGCGCUCACCGUCGUCGUGCUGCUGCUGCAGCGCCGCCCCGAGGAGCUCACCAGCAGGGCACCACUGCUGCAAGUCUUCGGAGGCGGAGGGGCAGGGCCGUCGCCGUCGCCGUCUCAGUCCAGCUCCUCCUCACCACCAGCAGAUAGCAAUAAUACCACUGCCGCAGCCGGCGAUCCACGCCUUCCGCCGCCGCCCAACCAUGGCGAGGACGAAGACGAAGACGAAGACGAAGAGGAGUUCCGCGGGCUCGCGGCGGCGGUGUCGCGCGCGGCGACGGCGGACGACCGGACGGUGAUCAUCACGUGCGUCAACCAGGCGUGGGCGGCGCCCGGCUCGCUGCUGGACCUGUUCCUGGAGAGCUUCCGCGUGGGCGACGGCACGGCGCCCCUGCUGCGCCACCUGCUCAUCGUGGCCAUGGACGCCGCCGCCAUGGCCCGGUGCCGCGCGCUCCACCCGCACUGCUACCUCUACUCCCCGGCCCGCGGCGUCGACUUCGCGCCCGCCAAGCCCUUCCUGUCCAGGGACUACCUGGAGCUCGUCUGGAGCAAGCUCAGGCUGCAGCGCCGCGUGCUCCGCCUCGGCUACAGCCUCCUCUUCACCGACGCCGACGUGCUGUGGCUCCGCAACCCGCUCAAGCACGUCACGGCGUACGCCGACAUGACCGUCUCCUGCGACGUCUUCUUCGGCGACCCGGACGGCGUCGACAACUUCCCCAACACGGGAUUCUUCCACGUCAGGCCCAACAGCCGCACCAUCGCCAUGGCCGCCGCGUGGCACCGGGCCCGGGACAGGUUCCCGGGCAAGAACGAGCAGCCCGUCUUCAACGCCAUCAAGAAGGGCCUCGUCGCCGACCUCGGCCUCCGCCUGCAGUACAUAGACCCGGCCUUCGUCGCGGGCUUCUGCAGCUACGGCAGGGACCUCGGCAAGGUCUGCACCAUGCACGCCAACUGCUGCGUCGGCCUCCGCGCCAAGAUCACCGACCUCCGGACCCUGCUCCACGACUGGAAGAACUACACCGCCAUGCCGCACUGGGCCAAGCACCAGGCCAAGUGGACCGUCCCCGGAGCGUGCAUCCAUUGACGGCCACGACCCAUGAUGCAUCUUCCUAGCUACACGUCGAUCGCAGGAAAAGGACACUAACUAGUACAAUACCAUGGAUGAGAUGAAUUCACAUAUAUUACUCUAGCUUAUAUGCGUCCGAAUCGUGAGAGCUUGCGUCUUGCGUUGCGCCUCCCGAAAGACAAGGAACACAAUUACAUCUUGUGUUAUCCAUGACGGAUGAGGUCGGGCACCGGCCUACACGAAAACGAUUAUCCGUCGGUUAGAAAUUUACCCGCUUUUAUUAUAAUAUGGUAAUUUUUAGAAACGAUAUUGUCUUAUGGAAUCGAUACAAAUAGGAGUCGAUCUCCAGUUCAAGUUCAAGCUUGUUCGUUUUAACCCUAAUCCAUAUAUAUUGGAGGAGAUUUCAAAUAAAUUGGAGGAGAUUUAGUCGAUUUCAAUC